AGUAUCGAUGAAUCGAUAGCGCCGAACAUGGAUACACAGCGUUUGUUUUUACGAGAGGGGGAGGAAAUCUGCUGUACUUUUGUCCACUUUAAACAAACAAUAUAGGCAUUUUUACCAUAUUUUCGGGACUCUGCAACCUUCUACUGUAGCAUCGACCACGUUCCAGCCCGAUGCGGAUAGUCUGGGCCAGCCAAUAGGCACAAAGACAUUGGCAGUGCGCCACCAGCUGCUGUUUUGGAGUAGCAAAAAUAAACCAGAGCACAGCUCCCGCUCCCGAAUAAAUAGACGAUUCCGAUCCGAUCCUCCUCGAGAAGGGAGCCACCAUCUCAUUGUUCUGACACCGAUUUAGAGAUUGCCCGGCCAGAUCCCACAAAAGCGAUCUAAAAAUGGAGUGGACGCGCGAGAAGACACUGCAGCUGAUCAGUGAGUACCGAUGCCGUCGCGGGCUGUGGGACAUGACUUGCGACGAGUACAGAAAGAAGGACGUCAAGCAGAGGCUCUUGAACGAAGUCAGCCAGGUGCUAGGCGGGAAUAUCCCGAUCAACGAGCUGGAGAAGAAGUUCCACACGCUGCGCACGCAGUAUCAUCGCGAGAUCAGUCGCAUGAAACGCAAAGAGCCUUACAACUCCAAGUGGUUUGGCUUCAAGAAUCUGGUAUUCCUUAGCUCUCCAUACGCCUGUCGCUCCACGAAAGGUCGCCUGAAGACAGAUUUGCAGGCCGACGAGCGCAAGUUUGCCGUCGGGGAGGUGAGCGGGGAUAACAACAGCGAUAACAGUACGCCAGCAAACCAAAAUAAUAGUAGCAUGAACGAGGAGUACCUUCGCAAGAGCCACGCCAGCAGUAGGGCACAGGAACUGGAAAAACUGAUCGAGGAGACAACCAAAGAUGUGGAUGAUAUCGACGAGCCGGAACUGGAAGAAACGGAUAUCAAGCCCAAACAGAGUAAGGAGCUGAGCGUGCGCUACGUAAGCGUCACCGGGCAGGAGGACUCGGAACCGUUGGAAAACCACCACCAGACACUGAUGGACCUACAUCACCAGGGUAACACCGUGGAGGCUGUGAGCUUUCAGGCCAACGAAAGCGGCGAGCUGCACUAUCAAUCCAAUCCGGCGCAGAACACAGCCAACAGUUCGGUGCAUGUGGUGCCCACGCGAAUAAUAAAGAUUCAGAGGAGAGACACUUCAGGGGAGCAGAUGGAUAGUUACUUUGAGGAGCACACGCAGCUGCAUCCUCCGGCGCCUAAGCGCAUGUACUAUGAAGCCAGUCCAGCGGCGCACAACUCCACCUCCAUUUUGUCACCUGCACUGGAAACCAAUGCCAAUGGCACGACCAGCACUGUGUUGACCUCAUCACCUGGUAUAACCAUGAGUAAUCUGCGCCUGCCCAAGGUCAAUACGCCGCCCAAACCUGCCCAGUCCCAAGCCAUUCCCAGCCCGCCUCCUCCCACUAUUGUCAGCUUGCCACCGGCGCGCGAUGAGUUCGCCACGUACGGAGAGUAUGUGGCCAACGAGAUGCGUGCCAUCAACAACAGGGAGGUUCUCGUCGCCCUCAAGCACCGAAUCAACACGGCCAUUUUCGAUGCCAACAUGGCAGAAAUUUCCCCGAAAUAGAUUGAUCGUUUUAGCUAGAGCUAAUUAACUACUACUUUAGGUUUAAGGCUGAAUAUGCAAUGUGUCCUCUUGUCUUUAUGCUUUUAAUAGGUCGUCCCCCGUCACUUGUAUUCUCAUUUAAAUUUGUACAUUUAACAGAUAUGUAUGUAACGAUUUAAAUACUUAAGCCAAAUAUAAAAUUUAGUGGAAUUACAAAAA